AUGGAUCCAACGACGCUCCAAGUUAGCAACAGUAUCGCAGACCUGAAUUCAAUUUCAUCAAUUGAUAUGGAAAUCGCCGCAGCUGACAUCAAAAUAUGGGUAGAUCUUUUUCAUUACAACGACCACGAUGCUCGAAUCGCAAUUCUCGCUCACAGAAUGGAUAGUUCAGCACAUGUUUCGGACGAGAAAUGGAGAUGGGUUCAGUGGGGUCAUGAAAAAGCUGGAUUCAACAAGGAAGCCUACGAACAUCUUCUCGUCUUGAAGAGAUUGAGCGAGAAAGAGAAGGUGUGCAAAGCCAAGGGAGUACCAUUAUUUGAGUGGGUUGGAGACUAUUCGAGGAUUUGCUUGGAAGGAUUUCUCACUCUCGAUAUUCUCCGACGCAUCCUAUCAAUAAGCGAUGAAGAGAUUGGGACAAUUGACUCGGCAGAGAAGUGGUGUUACAUCAAGCAUAACACAUAUCAUGAAGAACACUUAUCGGCGUGGGUGAGGAGGUGGGAUAGAGCGGUGACUGCUGCGAGACGUGCGUACAAUGCGGUUUGGAAGGUGGCAAUUGAGGAGCAAACAGAAGCAACCACGCUUGCCAGGGCAGGUUUCCAUGCAGUUCAGUCAAGCAUCCAACCUGACGACAGAAACGUGGAUAUUCGGGCAGAAUUCGCGCUACUAGACGGAGAGCACAGUACAAGUCAGUUGGAGCAGAAUAGUGUGCACGGCAUGCAAAUACGGAAUCUAUCUACCCCAUCUCGAUGGCGUCAACUCCAAGCUCAACUCAUUAGAUUGAGGCCGAGUCUGCCAUUUCGAGCGCUUCCACCACAGCGUAGGCUCCCAGGCUCACUCGAACCGGUACUUGACCCAUGGAGCCAGGUGGGCGUGCGAUCCUUCUGGCAACGUUACAGACGCGAUCCCGCUAUAAGACUUCCUGAAUUCGGCAAUGCGCCAAGAGUAUUUCCCCUUCCUGGCGAGGUUGCCACUGCACGACGAGAAGUUUCUCGUGUGAGCCGUUCUGAUACGAUAUUGGACACAACAGCAACGACCCAAGGCACUCCUCCACCAUAUCGCGAAAGCCACGGAUUCUUAACUGGAACCUCCAUGCGUUUCGCAGAGCCAUAUUAUUGGUUAGCUGCUACUUCAAGGCCUUUAGCUCGCCAGCGUGCACAGAUGGAGAGACCAAGAAGUCGAACACAUCGUAUGGAGCAGCUGUUUGGAGACAUGUACCCUCAAACCGUCUCCGACAUGAUCACUAGGGAAGUUGUCGUUGCAAACUCUCUCAAGAUGGAAGAUGCCUUUGCGGACGUCGAACCUGCUCCAGAAGCUAGCACAAGACGUGAGUGGCCUGAGGUGUGGAGCAAGUAG